AUGGCUGUAGGAUCUGUUCUCGUCACUGGUGGCACGGGCUACAUUGGCUCUUUCACGGCCCUUGCUCUCCUCGAGGCUGGCUACAAGGUUGUCAUCGUCGACAACCUCUACAACUCCUCCAAGGAGGUCAUCAACCGCAUCGAGCUCAUUAGCGGCAAGAGGCCAGAGUUCUACCAGCUCGACAUUCAGGAUGAGGCCGCGCUCGAUAAGGUGUUCAAGGAGCACCCAGACAUUGAUAAUGUCAUCCACUUUGCUGCACUCAAGGCCGUUGGCGAGUCUGGCGAAAUCCCUCUCACAUACUACCGCGUCAACGUCGGCGGCUCCAUCUCCCUCCUCUCCGCAAUGGAGAAGAACAACGUCACAAACAUUGUCUUCUCGUCCUCGGCAACCGUCUACGGCGAUGCCACACGCUUCGAGAACAUGAUCCCCAUCCCUGAACACUGCCCCAUCGGUCCGACAAACACGUACGGCCGCACAAAAUCCACCAUCGAGAGCGUCAUCACCGACCAGAUCGAGGCUAAGCGCAACAACGCGAAGAAGGCAGGAAACGAAGACGAGGGCAAGAAGUGGAACGCUGCUCUGCUGCGCUACUUCAACCCCGCCGGCGCCCACCCAAGUGGCAUCAUGGGCGAGAACCCGCUCGGCGUACCGUACAACCUCCUCCCUCUCCUCGCCCAAGUCGCAAUCGGCAAGCGCGAGAAGCUCGUUGUCUUCGGCGACGACUACAAGUCCAAGGACGGCACCGCCAUCCGCGACUACAUUCACGUCCUCGACCUGGCGCGCGGCCACUUGCAGGCACUCAACUACCUGCGCGAGCACCAGCCCGGUGUCAAGGCGUGGAACCUGGGCACCGGCAAGGGCUCGACCGUGUUCGAGAUGAUCAACGCGUUCAAGACAGUCGUCGGACGCGAUCUCAAGUACGAAGUGCAGGGCCGGAGACAAGGCGACGUCUUGGAUCUGACUGCCAACGCCACCCUGGCCAACAAGGAGUUGGGGUGGACGACCGAGUUCACGCUCGAAGACGCGUGUGCGGAUCUGUGGAAGUGGACCGAGAACAACCCCGAGGGUUACGAGCAGGCGCCACCCAAGGCGUUUGUGGAGGCGCUGAAGAAGAAGGCUUGA